AUGGCCCCGACACCACUCACCAAAUCGCUCAAAUUCGAGAAGAAAAACCAACUCAUGCCGAAACUCCCCAAACACGCCAAAAUCCAAAAGCGCCCCAUCCCCCACCCCGCCACAGCAUCGCCGUACUCCGGCCCAUCGAGCCCCAAGACCCUCUACGUUUCGUCCAGCUCGCCGACGAUGAGCGUGAUCAAGCGCGUGCAGAAGUAUCUCCGGGUGGCGGAGAAUCGCGCGACGGCGAAUUUGUUGAAGGGGGGCGGUGGGAAGAAAGGGGGGAAGGGGAAUGUGGAUGCGUUGUUGGCGAGGGGGGCGGGAGGGGAAGAUGGAGAGGGAUUGGGAUUGGGGAAGGAGGAAGUGCUGGUGAAGGCGACGGGGAGGGCGAUGGAGAGGGCGUUGAAGGCUGAGGGGGAGGCUGAAGGGGAGGGGGAGGGGGAGAAGAAGAAGAAGAAGGAGGAGGAGGAGGGCGAGGAGGGACAAGGGGACAAAGUGGACGGAGAAGGAGGGUUGUCGAAGUCGGCGGCGAAGAAGAGGAAGAAGAAGGCUGCUGCGGCUGCGGCUGCGGCUGCGGCUGAGGAGACUGAGGUCCCGGAGACGAGAACAAGAUGGGUGAAUAUGGUGGAGGUGGGGAUUUCGCUGAGGUGAGAGAGAGCUGGGGGGUUUGUUGGUCGCAUCCUAUGGUAUGUAUGAUAUCAUGGAGCCGGUAACCUGCAGAUUGCACAGGUCUGGUUGGACUGGUCAGCUGGGCGCAUGCAUGGCUAGGUAUGAGUUUGCAUCUACCCGAUAAUCCGUGGACACCUGUCCGGACUCGGAGAACCCACUCGUGAUAGAUGAACUAGCUCACUGGCAUACUGGUAUGGUGGGCUAUGGCCUGAAUCCUUGCCGUUUCCACAACGCUCGGACUAUCUACACUGGUAACAAGGGCGAUGGUGCUACGCGUGAGUCUUGAGUCUCAACCUACUGCUACGAGGACAGCAAUAUCGGGGUCGACUGUCGAAGAUGGAACCCCGUGAGAUGUGUCCAUCCAGCGUCACGAUAUGGACACGAGUGUGGUAGAUCAAAGGAAUCGAGGAAUGAACGAUAAUGAGACAAAAUCAAACCACGGACAGCUAGA